AUGCCAGCUUGGGAUCCUCAUGGCGACGGCUACGCGGGCAGGGUCUUCCCCCAGAACCGCGCAAGAAGCCCCCGGCAGCAACGGCAGCAGCUGCAGCAGCAGGCUCGCAAUUUGAACCAGCAGGGACACAACAGGCAGCAGCUGGGCCUUCGGCAGAAGGAAGUGAGGAGCUUCGUCUCGCGACUUGGGAAACGGCACCAUCGUCAGAUGGGGCGGUGCAUGACCUACCCCCUGGUGCUCGGAGAAGAGGUGGAGAUUCAGGAGGGCUUGCUAGAGGCACUGUCGGUGCGGUCAACAGAGACGACGGCAAUCUCGAUCCGGAGAGUGCUCCCGACGACCCACAUUUUUUCCCCCGGCGCGCGAGGCUCGGCCUCUUUCGGGCCGGAGGCAGAGUCUUUGUGGGCGGCGGCGGCAAGGGAUAGGGGCGGUGGAUUCGAAGAGCAACGGGCGGCCGACUCGCUGUCCCCCCGGUCGCCCCCGCUGCCGCGGAGGACAUCAUCGAGCUUCGGGGGGCCCGUAGCAUCCCCGGUUCCGGUACCGGUACCGGUACCGGCGGCGGCGGCGGCGGCGGCGGCGGCGGAUGAUGCCGACGGGAAUGAGUCCAACGAGGAGAAGAAGAAGCCCGCGCGGCAGGAAGUCUCUGCCGACCAGGCUCAGCUUCACCGAGCCACGUUCUCCAGGAGAAGCGACGUUUGGCUGCCAGUGGGGAAGUGUUCAGGGGCCGGCGGCGGCGGCGGCGGCGGCGGCGGCGGAGGUCCAAGCGGGGAUGGGGCCUGCCAUCGUCGGGGAGGCGGAGGGCAGCGCCAGUGCCACGAACCUAUCGAGGCGGGCUUGAAACUUGCCCUCCAACACACGACCGUGCGUUUUGGAAGGAAACGAUCCAAGCUGCCGCUGUCUCCGGUCCCACACGAGCCGCACGCGCACCACCGUGGCCGCCGUCCCUCCAAGACCACCCCGUGUCCUCUUAGCACCCUCGGCGCCAGAUCUCCCUGGUCUCAGGUGGACGCGGCGUCAUCGGAUCACCCGACAGUCACACAAGAAGAAGACCGGGGUAUCAUCGUUGAUUACCCCGAACUAACGCCUCCAUCACCGGCGGCGUUGGCGGCGAGUGGUACCGCUAGUGGGAAGAAGGAGGAGGCGGGCGGCGGAGCUGGGGGGGGCGGAGGAAGCGCUGUUCUGAGCAGUGCUUGCCAGUCGCGCAGGUUCCGCGGGUCUUUCCUCAGCGAGGAGGGCGGAGACGGGGAUGAAGAAGGAGCGACGGUGGCGGUGGGAAUGAUGUUGCCAGAGAAAGCGUGGAGAGUGAAAAAAGAGGAGGGUGAAGGGGUGGCAACUGGCAAGAUUGAAGAGGAGGAGGACGACGACGAGGACGAGGACGAGGUUGUGCCUAGCAGGACGGAUCACGACUACUUUGUGCAGUCCUUCCUUAUGAGCAGCGAUGACGAGGAUGGGCGUGAGAGUGACCAGGACAAGCUGGGCGCAAGCGACGACGAUUUUUCGGCUGGGUUGCAAGAGUCGUCACGGCAACGACGCCGCGGCAUCCGCGAGGGCAAGGGCCGCGCCGACAACGGUGCCUUCGAGUACGAAGGAGCGAUUUCGAACGGGACCGGCGGGCCCAACAACGCCACGUUCGGGGGGGGGGAUGAUGACGCUCCCAACCCCGUCUCCCCGACCAACCACCCCUAUCACGGUCAUCCACCGGCGGCGGCGGCGGCGGCGGCGGCGGCGGCGGCGACAUCGUCCUGGAGACGGCGCAUCAGCGACGCCGGCCUGCGUUACGCGGGCCUCGAUGCCGCCUCGUGGCUCCGGCGGCGGCCGCGGCGAUCGAGCACUGGCGGAAUCGGGGGCUCGUUUGCCGUCAGGGGCAGCCUGUGCGUCCAGGAUUCGAGCGAGAGCGAUGUUAACGCGUACGACGAUCAAGAGGAGUUCUAUGAGGACUGGCAAGGCGCGGUGUCGGUGGACCCGGAUGCGAUCGAGCUAGGGCUCUCCCCGCGGACGGCAUCGAGCAUGACCGAAGGCCUGAGCUUCGUCGGGUUUGAGCCGCUUGAACUGGAGGAUAUCCCGCAGGAAGCCGUGCAGGCCAGAACGUGGGGCGAUCAGGCAAACCUUACCGUGGGCGUCCGCUAUGGCCACUCGGCGGAAAUCGGCAGCCGGCGGGUAAUGGAAGACCGGACGGUGGCCGUGGCCGAUAUCUUCAAAGCCGACGCUACGCCGUCCUUCCGAAGCCGCUCCGAGGGCUUUUUCCCGAGCUCGAUCAUCCUUUCUCGCAGCAACUCCUCUCCUCGCAGCAGCGGCAAAGACGAGGCGGCCCGGAGGCGUUUUUUCCCGCCCGGGGCGGUCGCUCAGGCUACCCCUUGCGCCGUCGCUACCGUCGCCGUUGGUGACCCCGCUGCUACCGCUGGCACCGGGGCGAUGGCACCGGAGGACACUGGUAUGGGCGGGCUCGCCGCGACGAACGAGGAGAAAGAAACUACAGCGGAGAAAGGAGGGGCGAGCGGACGGGAGGAGAAGCAGAGGUCUCCGCCGAUGUCGCCGUCGCUGUCGACGCCGCUGUGCGCGGCGUUCUUCGGGGUGUACGACGGGCACGACGGGGAUGUCGUCGCGGAGGCCCUGCAGAAGGGGCUGCACAAGCUCAUCGCCAAGCAGAAAUGCUUCACGGACAGCAUCUCCGCCGCCAUUGAGCGCGGCUGCUACGAGAUGGACAUCGCGUGCCUCGAGGCUCAGUUCCGGAUGCUGGGGCGCGACAGGUCUAGGUCGCGGUCACCCUCGCCCUCGCGAUCACGAUCGCCGUCCGUGUCGACGGGAGGAGAAACGCUGUCGGCGGGACGGGAGCGCCGAAAGGGCGGCGGCGGCGGCGGCCAUGACGCCGUCGGUUCGGGGGCACCAGCGGCGGCAUCAGCGCGGGCACCGGCAUCAGCAGCGGUAUCAUCGCCGCGUGGUGGUGGUUGUGAUGCUUGCGGCUCCAUUUUGGAGAACCCAGGCGGCGGCGAGGUCGAAGACUACGGUAGUGGCGGCGGGAAACCACUGGCGUCGCGUCGGCGGCCCCGGGAGGCCAGCAGCAGCAGCGACGUCCGGAGCAGGCCGAGCGGGGCCUCUCCCGGUAUGACCGGCGGCGCCACGGCGGUGGUCGCGGUGGCCACGAAAGUCGGAAAGCAAACCGUGAUCUACGCGGGCAACGUCGGCGACUGCCGAGCAGUAUUAUGCCGAAGGGGCGUGGCUAUCGACCUGACCUCCGACCACCGCCCUUCGAGAGACGACGAGAGGGCGAGGGUUAAGGAAGCGGGGGGAUACAUCUCCCGUGACCGGCUUAACGGUAUCCUCGGAGUAACCCGAGCGUUCGGGGACAUCGCGUUCAAGGAGUACCCACCGCCCCCUCCGGACGGCGACAUGUGGCGAGGGCAGCAGCUGAUUUCGAAACCAGAAACGAGAUCGGUGGUCGUGCACCCGGACGAUGAGUUCUUGGUUUUGGCGUGCGAUGGCGUGUGGGAUCUCGUCUCGAGCCAGCAGGUGGUCUCGUAUGUGCACCGGAGGCUGCUCAAACACCGGGACGUGCAGCGAGCUAGCCGCGAGUUGUGUAAGACGCUGGGCAAGAUGUCGGGCUCGGACAACUGCAGCUGCGUCAUCGUGUGCCUCAACCAGGUGAGCGUUAAACCGACGGUCUACUCGCCGGGCCCGGUCUGCCGCCUCCGCCACCACGACCGCCAGUCGGCCAGCCUGUCCGACGCGCACAACGACCUGGCCGCCUCCGAGCGGGGCUUCUCGCGGUCUGCGGCGGGAUCAUCGUCGGUGUCUCCGGCCAAGCGGCCGUCCUUUGAUUGAUGACGGUUGAUUGUGAAGCGGACGCCCUUGGUUUGACGAUGAUGGCGAUUGGCGCCGUGCUUGGCAAUGAUGAUUGGGAAAAGCGGCCGCGUUGUAUUUGACGAUGGUUGGUUGUGAAGCGGCCGCCCUCUGCCCUCUUUGGCGACAAUGGUUGGCAAGCGGUCUUCCUUGUUGACGAUGAUUGAUUGUGAAGAAUGUCGUCCUCGACGGGUAGAAGCCGUUGGGGGUACUGCUGUACCCUGUUAUGAAGAGGACCUAUCUCCACAUUGCGACCUACGCACCCUUUUUUUCUUCAAGUCUUGUUAGGCGAGAAGAUGGAUUUGUAUGGGCAAAGUAACCGGAACCCGACCGCCUCAUGGGGCCAGUGUAAAAUAUUAAGCCUGAUUGUUUUAUAGAUACAGAUUGCCGUGUUGUUUGCGGGGUGUCACUUUUGUAGCCUAAAAGGAGGGGGUCGUUGGCAGGUUGCUUGUCUCACCGGCUGCCUCAUUAGAGUAUGUAGCACAUUCCAUGUUAAACAAGCGUGGGAAAACUUGGAAGGGGCAACUUUGCGACGGUAUUACGUUCAAAAGAGCGGCCGUCAGUUUUGAGGGGGUUCAAUGAGGGACACUUUUGCGGCGUCGCCAUGACUUUGAAAAGGUGACCAUCGUUGUGUCCAACGACGACAGCAGUGCCGUGUUUGCCUGUACAGUGACGGUGUUUGAGAAGGGAGGGUCGGUAGAGACGGGGGUCGAUGAGCUGUUGGUAAGGCGAGGUCGAGAAUUUCCAACCGGGAGAAGUGACGACCACUACUCGCUUUCCGGAUAGCUAGCCAAGCAGUGGGUAAGCAGGACGACAGCGAAAGAAUGCCGAGUUGAUGUGGGAAGAAAUCCACGUCAUGAAUCCGUGCGUGCGCGGCACGGGAGACAUCCUGCGUGCCGCGAUCCCAAAUAACCCGUUUUCUUGGUACGGUACGGUGCGGGUGGAACCGCGUGGCACGGGUUGAUGCGGCCAUGCUUUCAAUCAUUAGGUUCAGGAUCCUCCAUACAGCGGGGGGGGGGGGCGUACU